GAGAGAGAGAGAGAGAGAGAGAGAGAGAGAGAGAGAGAGAGAGAGAGAGAGAGAGAGAGAGAGAGAGAAUCACUACUUUUCUUCAGUUUACGGCUUGGGUUUCAUCAUAUUCAUUACGUCUAGAAUCUCUACUUAUUGCCUAAUUAGCCAGAACAUAUUCUAUAGACUAUCAUCGAAGGUCCGCACAAGCUACGACCAGUCAAUUUUGAUGGUUGAGGUCAGUUCCAAAUAUCUAUAUUAUUAUUUUCUAAAAUAAUAAAAGAAAAUAAAGUAAGAAGAAUUUUAAAUAAAUUUUAUCAAUUCAGUGUAACAAAAACCCAUUUCAGUUACUUAAUAACUAAUUCAACUAAUACACAUCAAAAAUUAAACAUUAUUCAUAUUAGUUUAUUAGUGAACUAAACGAUUUCUAAGUUAUAAAACUAAGACAUUUUUUUUUUGAAAAAGAAAACUAAGACAUUUUUGGAAAAAAAAAUGAGACAGAGGAAAUAAAACCGCCUUCCUCUCCCAACAGUCCAUUUCAUGUUUUGUAGCCUUCAACAGCUCCCAUCAAAAUUAGAUAAGUGGUUCAAUUUCAUAAAAUACUCUCAGUCUGGAAUUUUGGGCAAAUGCAAAUUAAAAUUUAUUAUAUUACAUUUAAAUACUCAAACAAAAAGUAUAUCAAAAUUUAUUUAAUAUAUACGAAAAACCCGGGUGUAGCCCGGAAAAAUUCUCUAGUGUAUAUAUAAAGAUAAUAACUGUCGAAAUAUGAUAAAUCUAUUAUUUAUUAUGGUUUUAUUAAUUUGUGAACUUUUCUUUUAAUUUGUUAGCUAAGUGUCUUGAAUUCAGCUUUUUCGUAAUUUUUUCAUAUUAUGGAAAAACAAUUUCAUGACAUUUUAAUUAUAAUAUUCAUUUAUUCAAAAACUAUAUGGUUUUGUGGGAAAUGUUUUAUAAUUUAUAUUUUAAUUUCCUGGUAUUUUAAAAUAUAUGUAGUCACUAAAAAGGAUAAUUUGCAGAAAAAUUAUAUAUAUAUAUAUAUAUAUAUAUAUAUAUAUAUAUAUAUAUAGAGAGAGAGAGAGAGAGGUCACAUAUUUAUAGAAUAUUAUUUUUUUUCCUUAUCGUAUUUGCAUUACUGAUGUUAUAAACAAUUAUUGGUCCAUAUGCAAUUAUAGAAACCUAUAAUGUGUGGAAAGGUUCAAUUUAAAAUUAACUAAAAACAAAAUAACACCUAAAUUGUGGGAUAAAAAAAUAGACAUACUUAAUAAUUAAUUGAUAUGAUCUCAAACGGUGGUGAAUAGAUGGGCGAUUUGGGAGUUUCACAUGUCUUUCGACGUUCGAGCCGGUCUCGUCAUCUCUCUUGCGUCUAUUUUUGACAUGGACGUAAAUAAGUAUCGGCAAGUCCUAUAUAAAGACCAUUUGUCGGAGAUGUUCGUACCCUACAUGGACCCAGUUAGUGAUGAUUGGUACUCUAUCACUUACCUUGAUUGUGGUGACUUCGGUUGUGGUCAAUCUGCGGUGUCUCUUGAGCCGUAUACUGAUUGUCCCACGAAUGCUGCUUUCAUGGACGGUAUUUUUGCAAGCCAAGAUGGAACUCCUACAAAAGUAUCCAAUGUUAUGUGCAUUUUUGAAAAAUAUGCGGGAAACAUUAUGUGGCGACAUACCGAAGCUGAGAUUCCGUGGUUAAAAAUCACUGAGGUGAGACCUGAUGUAAGUCUUGUAGUCCGGAUGGUUACAACUGUGGGCAACUACGACUACAUAGUCGACUACGAGUUCAAACCUAGUGGUUCUAUCAAAGUGGGGGUCGGUUUAACCGGUGUUCUAGAAGAUAAACCUGUGGAAUAUGUUCACACAUCAGAGAUCAAAGAAGACGAUAUCUAUGGGACCAUUGUCGCAGAUAAUACCGUCGCAGUCAACCACGACCAUUUCGUGACAUUCCGUCUUGAUCUUGACGUCGAUGGUAAGGACAAUUCAUUUGUCCGUACCAAACUUGUGACCAAGAGGACUCAAAAAUCUGUCGGCACACCGAGAAAAAGCUAUUGGACAACGAAUCGAAAAGUUGCAAAGACCGAGGCAGAGGCUCGGGUGAAACUUGGACUAAGAGCGGAGGAGCUGAUGGUGGUUAACCCUAACCGGAGAACGAAGCAUGGCAAUGAGGUUGGAUACCGUUUACUUCCUGGGACGGUUUCAGGCCCCCUUCUAACCCAAGAUGAUUACCCUCAGAUUCGGGCAGCAUUUACCAACUACAACGUAUGGAUCACCCCCUAUAACAAGUCGGAGGUUUGGGCUAGCGGUUUGUACGCCGAUCGUAGCCAAGGCGACGACACGUUGGCUGUAUGGUCCCAAAGGAAUAGAAAAAGAGAGAAUAAAGAUAUAGUGAUGUGGUACACCGUCGGAUUCCACCAUGUUCCAUGUCAAGAAGAUUUUCCGACAACGCCUACGUUGUCUAGUGGCUUUGAACUCCGGCCGGUCAACUUUUUCGAGCAAAAUCCUGUCCUCAAGACCAAACUUAUCAAACUCACCACCACUCCAAAGUGCACUCCUUCUAAGAACAAUUAAUAACUAGUUUAUCAUUCAUGAUUUGAUCCUUUAUGAGCAUUUGUGAAGACUUCAAGAGAUAAUUAUGCGUAUCUAUACAAUUCUCAUAAACUAUUAAUAAAAAAAAACUAUGUAAUGCAUUUUCAUCAUAAUUUUUCAAUUUAUAAUUAUUUUAAAUAAUUUUUAUAAAUAUAUUUCGAAAUUAAUUUUUUUUUUUAUAUUUUCACUUAUAAUUGUAAUAAUCCUAGAAAAUGUAUUAAAAGCCGCAAUGUUUUUUUCAGACUUCCCAUUCUACAUUCUCACUUCUAUUAAUUUUUAGUUUGAUACUUGUUUUGAGAAAUUUACUUUUCUAAUACUUAUAUUUUUAUAACCUUAACAAUCCUACGAAAUAUUUUUUUAUAAGUGUGUCUUUAGUUUCACUUUUCGAUCUAUAUUGAGUUGAGUCUUUUGGUCACCAAAAUGAGUUUAUUGUUUUGAGCCAUUCUCUAUGUUUUUAAUUUGGUCAUCAGUCGCAAUUCAAAAUCAGGGCCGGCUUAGAUAGGGGGACGAGCGGUGAGACCGCCCCAGGCCUAAUCCGUUGUCCCAUGUUUCUUAAUAGAUAAGGAUCCGAUUUUUUUUAAAAAAUACUUGUAUUUUUAUAUUAAAAAUAAGAAAAGGGGUCCAAAAUUUUUUUAUAUGAAAGUAUUUUUUAUUUCCAUAGAUUUAUUUUUAAACAUACUUUAGGUAUUCUGAAAAAAUACAUAUAUCUAUCAGAUUUUUUAAAGAAAAAUAGUAGUUUAAAAAUUAAAUUUUAAUUAAAUUUUUUUACACUAGGACUCAUGACACCAUUGAGCCAGGCCUGUUCAAAAUGAAUUUAUUGUUCAAAGCCAUUAUCUCUCCCCCAGUUACUAUUCAAACAAUGAAUUUUGAUCGGUCUCAAAACUAAAAAUUUUGUGACAAAAAAAUAUAAGUUACUACAAAAAGGCCACGAAAUAGAAAACAUGGCUAUUUAAUAUAAAUCGUAACAAACAAAUUAUAAAAUUAAACGAGGCUUAAACUUGUCACGGUUUUGCCAUCUAUACUUCAUGGAAAAAAUGUCGCAAAGUAAAAU